AGCAACGUGAAAGAGAAAAUAAGAACAUGUGCAGGGGAUGAUCUGUAUCACAAUUUUAAUCAUAAAAACUUAUGUUGUGAAGUAAUUUUUAAUCAUGAAACGUAACUUACUGUUCUAUUUUGGUCGACAGUCUGAAGAAGAUAAAGCAAAGGAACAAUGUAGGUUAGUAAGUCCGUUCAAAAAAUAUCGUUUUUCGCGAUUAAUUCGAUUCAACUGUUUUUAUUUUUUUGCAAAUUAACACAUGUUCAAUUGCGAUCCCUGACGCGUAUAAUUCGGUCAGUUUAUUUUGUUCUCCUUAAUGUUUAACCUCGUGCCGUGAAAUAAGAAAAAUUAGUGCUCAGUUUAAUAAAUGUUUUGAAGCAGCCUUUCAAACAAAUCAUCUUAAAGAUCCUACAUGGGGUAAUACAAAAACUGCAAUGUAUUUAAAUGCUGUGUAAAAGUGGUCUGACUAUUACAGAGAAACUGGAAACGUACAUGACAAGCCAAGAAGAGAGCGGAAUUGUGACAUCUAAAAGUGAGGACAAAGCUAUUGUACUCCUUUUUGAGAUGAAACCACUGCUCAGUCUAAGAGAAACUAAAAAAAUUGUGUUUAAAAAGAAAUACACAUUGAACAAAGAGUGUCAUUGGGCGCAAGAAAACAUCAACAGUGAUUAUAGCAAUGUAAUACUUACAGAUGAGUCAACUUUUGUAUUGUUCUAUCUUUUGAGACGUGUUAACAUUUAUUCAAAGGAGUCGUAAGCAUCAACAAAGUAUUUCAUUCGGCUACUCUACAUUCCUGUGGAAUAUGCGAAAAACUUAGUCGCAAGUUGCCAUGACAUCUUUGGCUAUAAUAGACAACGCGGGACAUUGGAUUAAGUAUUGAAUGUUUAUUCAACCUGUACAACAAAACAAGAAAUUGUCUCUAAUUAUAACAUUUUUGUCAAUAAACGCUAUCUACACUUUGAAAAACGAGAGCGUUUUGUUUUUGAACGCACUGUAAAUCGUAUUCCAUAAAUUUUUAUCACAAUAUAUCAAUGGAUUGCGCUGGAAUAAUUGGAUCUGUACACAACUUUUUCUGCUGGGCCAAAUAAAUGAAUCUUUAGAAGAACAAAAUCGGAAAGUUUGAAAACGAAAUUCAAACAAACUUAAAUCUGAAUUGCAUCCACUGGAAGAAGGUUUCUAGACCAUAAAUGAGUUUUGAAGAAUUUUUGUAUAUUGUUUCCAAAUUACGAUUUUAACCAUGAUUCAUUUAUAUAAGGUUAUAUCGAUAGGCUAAAAACAACAAUUUGUCAAAAGCAAUUGAUCCAUAUUGCCAAAAUCAGCCCUUUUGCCUUGUAUUGUUUUGAUUUUAUGAUUCAAAAAUAAAAUUUUCAAAUAUUUCAACCAAUGAAAA